AUGUCUAAUGGCGGACAUUCAAAGAGCUCAUUCACCGCAACUCAUUCAUCACAACUCAUUCAUCACAACUCAUUCACCACAGAUCAUUCAUCACAACUCAUUCAUCACAACUCAUUCACCACAGCUCAAUCAUCACAACUCAUUCAUCACAGCUCAAUCAUCACAACUCAUUCAUCACAACUCAUUCACCACAGAUCAUUCAUCACAACUCAUUCAUCACAACUCAUUCACCACAGAUCAUUCAUCACAACUCAUUCAUCACAACUCAUUCACCACAGCUCAAUCAUCACAACUCAUUCAUCACAGCUCAAUCAUCACAACUCAUUCAUCACAACUCAUUCACCGCAACUCAUUCAUCACAACUCAUUCAUCACAACUCAUUCACCACAGAUCAUUCAUCACAACUCAUUCAUCACAACUCAUUCACCACAGCUCAAUCAUCACAACUCAUUCAUCACAGCUCAAUCAUCACAACUCAUUCACCACAACUCAUUCACCACAGAUCAUUCAUCACAACUCAUUCAUCACAACUCAUUCACCACAACUCAUUCAUCACAACUCAUUCAUCACAACUCAUUCACCACAGAUCAUUCAUCACAACUCAUUCAUCACAACUCAUUCACCGCAACUCAUUCAUCACAACUCAUUCAUCACAACUCAUUCACCACAGAUCAUUCAUCACAACUCAUUCAUCACAACUCAUUCACCACAGAUCAUUCAUCACAACUCAUUCAUCACAACUCAUUCACCGCAACUCAUUCAUCACAACUCAUUCAUCACAACUCAUUCACCACAGAUCAUUCAUCACAACUCAUUCAUCACAACUCAUUCACCACAGAUCAUUCAUCACAACUCAUUCAUCACAACUCAUUCACCGCAACUCAUUCAUCACAACUCAUUCAUCACAACUCAUUCACCACAGAUCAUUCAUCACAACUCAUUCAUCACAACUCAUUCACCACAGAUCAUUCAUCACAACUCAUUCAUCACAGCUCAAUCAUCACAACUCAUUCACCACAACUCAUUCACCACAGAUCAUUCAUCACAACUCAUUCAUCACAACUCAUUCACCACAGAUCAUUCAUCACAACUCAUUCAUCACAACUCAUUCACCACAGAUCAUUCAUCACAACUCAUUCAUCACAACUCAUUCACCGCAACUCAUUCAUCACAACUCAUUCAUCACAACUCAUUCACCACAGAUCAUUCAUCACAACUCAUUCAUCACAACUCAUUCACCACAGAUCAUUCAUCACAACUCAUUCAUCACAACUCAUUCACCACAACUCAUUCAUCACAACUCAUUCAUCACAACUCAUUCACCACAGAUCAUUCAUCACAACUCAUUCAUCACAACUCAUUCACCACAGAUCAUUCAUCACAACUCAUUCAUCACAACUCAUUCACCGCAACUCAUUCAUCACAACUCAUUCAUCACAACUCAUUCACCACAGAUCAUUCAUCACAACUCAUUCAUCACAACUCAUUCACCACAGCUCAAUCAUCACAACUCAUUCAUCACAACUCAAUCAUCACAACUCAUUCACCACAACUCAUUCAUCACAACUCAUUCAUCACAACUCAUUCAUCACAACUCAUUCACAUUCAUUCAUCACAACUCAUUCACCACAACUCAUUCACCACAGAUCAUUCAUCACAACUCAUUCAUCACAACUCAUUCACCACAACUCAUUCAUCACAACUCAUUCGCCACAACUCAUUCACCACAGAUCAUUCAUCACAACUCAUUCAUCACAACUCAUUCACCACAGCUCAAUCAUCACAACUCAUUCACCACAACUCAUUCAUCACAACUCAUUCGCCACAACUCAUUCACCGCGACUCAUUCGCCACAAGUCAUUCCACUCAGCUCAUUCACCCCAACUCAUUCACCACAACUCAUUCACCACAACUCAUUCACCACAACUCAUUCACCACAACUCAUUCAUCAAAGCUCAUUCACCACAACUCAUUCAUCACGAUUUAAUUAUCACAACUCAUCCAGCACAACCCAUUAAUCACAGCUCAUUCAUUACGGCUCAUUCACCACAGCUCAUUCACUGCAACUCAUUCAUCACAACUCAUUCAUCACAUUUAUUCAACCAAAAUGGCAAGAUUGGUCUUUAUGAAGAACUACUACCUCGUUCAAUUUUGGAAGAAUGUUCUGCUUCGGACCUCAGUGAUUCCAAUCAGAGUUCAAGCGAAUCAGACAAACCAAGUGGAGAAGAGACAGUAAAAGCGGAAACGAAACCCAAUUAUCAGGAAGUAAAAAUAGACGCGAUACAAGGAGAAACAGAUCAGUACCUAGAUUCCCUGCUCAGUGAAAUCGAUGAUGACGAGGCUGAGUUGAUGAGUGAUGAAUUCCCAACAGAUUUCUGUAAGCCAGUUCGGUUAUAUGAUAAAACACGCCCACCAUUUAGUAGACUCAUUUCUCUGAGUCUGGCAAAUAACAGUUUCUACAACGAGGAAGCUCUACUAGCAAUCGCAACUUGGCCCGCUAUCCAAAACCUUUCCAUUCAUGGGAAUCCACUUAUAAAGAAACAACAGGUAAAGAGACUGACUUUGCUGAAGAAAGUCUUCGUCCAAAAACUUGGAAUUAGUGUAAUCAGUCAGCAACCAUGUGUUCCAUCUCAUCAUCACACAGAAAUUUAUCCCAAGUCACUGCGAACGGUAAAAGACGGCGUUCGUAAGCUUCCGAAAUUGACUGUGGACCAAAUUCUGUCGCUGGAAUCUUCCAAACCCGCUUCAGCUUUUGUUUCUGGGCGAUCACCUGCUGCCCCAAGCGAACGCAGUGAGCAGUCAUUUUCAAGGUUCUCAAACAAACAAUAUUCAGGGGGUUACUAUGAGAAAGAGGAAAGAAUUGACAGUGAAAGGACAGCUGAGAGUGACGGUCAUGCUGAUGAUCAGAAGAUGUCUGAGGAAUACGACGCCAACCAAGAGACUGCAUUCUUUAUGACGCAGCCGUGUGAUGAAUCUGCGCCAAAAGCUAAUGAGAAACCCGUCUCCAAAGCAAAUAAAUAUUCCUUGGCUAACGAAUUCAUGAAACGGCAAUUUAAGGAAUAUGAAAUCCUCUUUGAAGAUGAUGAAGAUGCAAAGAAUAUCAGUUCUGUUCAACCUUCAAAAGAUAUUCAGCAAAAUGUCAACGCUUUACGCUAUGCAUUGGAUCAUCAAUGCACUGUUUGGGAUCAGGCAGCUAAUAUAAAAAAUAUUAAUGUUCGCAGCCCGGCAUCACCCAAGCAGCCACUACCACCCAAAAUGCCAGUGUUGACCUAUAAACAAAAGGUAACAACUGCCCUUGAAGAUCUGAAGCAGCACACUGCUGUGAAAGAAAUACCUUUAUCUGAAGUUUUUAGCAACCCACAGGAUUACAAGGAAGAUUAUAAAGAAGCCAAGAAACUACUUCGAGAGAAUGAAAAAUGCUAUAACCAAAAGUCUGGUGAAAAGAAAUUCCUGAAACACGUGGAUAAAGAAUAA